AGUGGAUAACGAGAGGAAAUGAUCGUUUGACAACAUAUGACAUUACAUUAAAGCGUCUCAGAAAAGAUAGCUACAAUUUAGCUAUCAAUCCAACGCCGAUUGCUUUCCAAAGGAAUCAUCAAGACACUACUAAUCGGCAUCGAUUUGUAUUGUGUAGAUAGUUUAAAUCCAAAGGAAAAACGUCCGUUUUUAAUUUAAAAGGAACCUAACAGUACUCUGCGCAUUCUGAUAGACUGCGUUGCAUUUACUUAAUCGUUGGUUGUGGCUGAUAACUGUCACGGUAGUCAAAUCUAAACCGUCAAUUACAUUUGUAUCAUUAUCUCCACAGACCUCCUGUUUGUAUGCGCAAAGCGAAGAAGCAGCGUAAGGACUGAUCCAUAGCCAACCUCGGUGACAAACAAAUUGGCGUAUUGCACUUCGUGCUAAUGAACAGCCCAAAUUGAUAAAACAUUGGACACUCCAAGUGUCUCAUACAAUCCUUUAAAAGUAUCAGAAAAGGGAUUAAUCUCAGGCGUUCUUGGAUCCCAUUAUCCAAGCUUUAAAUAUGAGUUUUUUCAGUUUUGGCCAGAGUGCAGAAGUUGACGUUGUUCUGAAUGAUGCAGAGACACGAAAGAAAGCUGAACAUAAGACUGAAGAUGGAAAGAAAGACAAGUAUUUUCUCUUCUAUGACGGGGAGACAGUGAGUGGAAAGGUGAACGUAACUCUCAAGAACCCUGGGAAAAGACUCGAACAUCAAGGAAUCAAAAUAGAAUUUGUUGGACAAAUCGAACUCUACUAUGACCGAGGAAACCACCAUGAGUUUGUUUCCCUGGUGAAAGAUCUUGCAAGGCCAGGUGAACUCACCCAGUCACAGACCUUUGACUUUGAGUUCACCCAUGUUGAGAAACCCUAUGAGUCUUACACAGGCCAGAAUGUCAAGCUACGGUACUUCCUCCGGGCUACAGUGAGCAGGAGACUGAAUGACAUCAGCAAAGAGAUGGAUAUUGUGGUACACACACUCAGCACAUACCCAGAGCUCAACUCUUCCAUAAAGAUGGAAGUGGGAAUUGAAGACUGUCUUCAUAUUGAGUUUGAGUACAACAAAUCCAAAUACCACCUGAAAGAUGUGAUUGUGGGUAAAAUCUACUUCCUACUGGUGAGGAUUAAGAUUAAGCACAUGGAGAUUGACAUAAUCAAACGUGAGACAACAGGCACUGGUCCAAGUGUGUACCAUGAAAACGACACCAUCGCUAAAUAUGAGAUAAUGGAUGGUGCACCAGUCAGAGGAGAAUCUAUUCCAAUCAGGUUGUUCUUAGCUGGCUAUGAGAUGACUCCUACCAUGCGAGACAUCAACAAGAAGUUCUCAGUGCGUUACUACCUAAACCUGGUGCUAAUCGACGAAGAAGAGAGGCGCUACUUUAAACAGCAGGAAAUUACACUCUGGAGGAAAGGUGACGUGGUGAGGAAGAGUAUGUCCCACCAGGCUAUCAUAGGAGCCCAGCGGUUUGAGGGCUCGGCCAGUUCAGAGAGCGCACUGGAGCAGGCGGCAAGGGAGGACAGCGGCUAAAGCUGCAGUCCUUCAUUAACCUCACGGAAGACUGGCGUCUGAGGAAGAGUAGUUGAGGCACCUGUCAGCUCACAUCAUCACUGUUGAAGCAGCCCUUCUGUUUAUUACAGCUGCUGAGUGAAGGGAGAGGGGGACCAUGAAGGGAAACUGGAUAUACACACAUGAACAAUGAAAAAUAUGUCUGCAUUUGGCAACACGGAUGGCUGCAGGAUGCAGACUAACCUCUUUCUCGACACACUUCUCCAAUUAAAGUUAAGCCAACUACAUGUUUAAACCUUCCCUGUGUGACGACUAAAAUAAGCAUAUUAUACUGUCCUUUUUAUUUCUUAUCUCCUAAUGACCAACUCUAAUUUGUCACGAAAUCCAUUUCUAACUUUGGCUUUCUAAAUGAUUAUCUGUACAGAAUGAUGUACGGCCAUAGGGAAUUUAAAUCAUGAGAAACGACAAUGCAUUUUUAACAUUCCACACCCAAACUAAUGCAUUCCUGCAAUUUGAUGUGGUUAAGAACUCUUAAAGAAUAACUUUGCACUGGUGUUUUCUUUGCUUCUCAUUCUCUGGUAAUUCAUUGUAUGUGUCAAGAUUGCACAAAGAAAUAUUCAGAGAUUCUGUUGCAUCAAACAUGUAAGGUCUGCCGUCUUUGUUGAAUGAGAGUUCAAAAGUAUUGUUCCAUACAUGUUUGUCCUGUAAAUAAGAGCAGCUAUUGUAUUCUCAUGCCCCUUUUAGCUCUCAUACAAAGUGAUUUGCUAAUACAGUUAAGUCUGUGCCAUAGAAUCAGUUAGCUUCACUUCAGCAUUCCAAUAGUGUUAGCAAAGGCAGGGGUAUAUUGUGCUUGUGUUUGAGGUCUGAUAGUGAGAAGUCUUCUAUAUUCCACACUAGAGACUUGAAAUGUUGUGCCUAUAAGUGUAUCUAGCAAAUGAAAUCCUCUUGCCCCUAACACAUACCUUAAAGCUUGUUUUAACCUGAAAGAUCGAUCUGUCUAUUUUUUGUGCUCUCCAAAUAACUAAUAAAUGAUCCUCUGUCCCUAAAACAUAAGUAAAUUGAUGCCAAAUUCUG